AGGCUAGUUUUAAUAAUUCUCUUAUCUAACUCUGGGGACAACAAAAAGUUGAUGUGUUGCUGUGAAAGGAUAACUCCUUUAAAACUGGAAACAAUUUGAUCAGUGAUCAGUGCACAAAUAUACUCUUAUCAAAGUUGUGACAUGAGCAUGACUUAUCACCAAGUCUGAUCAAGCAGAUAGAGAAUGGCUGAGAAAUUGCAGAAAUGUUUCUUAUCUCUAAGACAUGUAAAUGACAGGCCUAUUCCAGACCAUCACCAUUGAUUACACUAUCCUAUACCCACUUACACUUGAUUACUUUAUUCUAUGCCCUCUUUAUUCUACUUAAAUAUGAUCUCCCCAGACAAUGGCCCUUCAUCAGUGUCCAUUUAUACACAUUUUCCAUUGAAUUGCAUAAAUGCAUUCGUGUUUCUCUUAGCAAAAUAGUAUGUGUUUAUCUGAGCGAAACUAACAUAAUGGUGGUGAAUAAAAUGAGAUCACAAGAGAACAACCAUGGGCAAAACACCAGUGAAGAUAAUGGUAGAUUUCACAACAGCUUCCCUGGAUGUUUGGGGGUCGGGGUUUGUGCUGUGCUUGUAUUUUUCCACACCUGUCACUGCAGGUGACAGGACCCAUCUAGCCAGAUUGCUUGUUGCUGUUUGACCUGUGCUUGUUGCUGACAGAUUUCAUUCCAUUCUUAUACUUCUUUAUCUGCAGGAAAAAAACACACAUCUUUCAUUUAGAGCUAGCCAGGUCUGUCAGACCAUGUUGUUAGGAUGUGUGCCAAAAACAAGUUUUUGUCAACUUACACGUUUUGAGAUUAGCUGAAAGCAAAUUUGGCGUUUUCGCUUUAAAGAAAUGCAAAGUCACACUUUGGGAGUACAUUUGCUGCAGAUUUGUCCAAACUGAAUUGUAUUUAAAAAAAAAAAAAAAAAAAAACAUUCUACUCAGGGUACAUAUAUAGAUGCUUUGCAAGAUUCCUAUAUUCCUAUUCGUAUGUUUCUUGACAACAGUUCAUAGACAAGUCAGACAAGUUUAUUUCCUGGUUGUAAAAAAAGUUCACCUGGACAGGGGCCACAGCCACCAGUGUCAAUAAAUCAAUCCAAAGCACCUCCCACUUAGGUGAAGAUAAAAAGGCUUUACACUGAAAGUGAGAAUCAGAUUCAGCAAUAACCUAGUAAGGUGGUGGUCUCGAUUACCCUUGUGCACACAUUUUAUUAAAAAUGCCAGCUAUUCUUUGCGGGACCUGGGAGUUGAUUAGCAAUGUCAACUUUGAUGGAUACAUGAUCGCAUUGGGGAUUGGCAUCGCCAUGCGCAAAAUCGCCUUGAGACUAAAACAGAGGAAAGUAAUAGAGCAGAAGGAGGAUGUCUACAUUAUCAAGACCCUCACCACCUUCAGAAACUACACAUUCUCCUUCAGAGUGGGCCAAGAAUUUGAAGAAUUCACCAAAGGCUUGGACAAUAGACACUGCAAGUCACUGGUGACAUGGCAAGGGAAUAGACUGUUCUGCACUCAGGAGGGAGAGAAGAAAAGCCGUGGCUGGGCCCGCUGGAUUGAGGACGAUAAAUUACACCUGGAGCUGUACUGUGAGAAUGAGGUCUGCAAACAAGUUUUCAAAAGGAAUGCCCUUCCACAGGGAGAAGAUUGAUAAAAAAAAAACUCUGUUAUUUAAAUCCAUACAAUAGGCUGAGGAUGUAAACGGAGGUGUGAACUUAAUGUUCUCUAUCCAAGGUGUUUCAGAGACAGGAAGCACACUGCUGUACCUACUUAUAAGUGAUAAUAUCAGGCACUGAUCAUAUCUUGUGAGUACAUGCAAAGUCCUUUUAGGCAAGUCCCUCCACUCGGCGGCCAUAUUGCAACGCUUUUUGGGCACUCAUAGGGCAUCCUAUUCAGCAGAAAUGCGCGUGCGCAAGGCUUCACC